AUGAGUUCUCAAUAUAAGACAACGACAGCACAACUGCUCCUACCUGAAUCAACCACAACUUCAACCACCAUCAAUCCAUCAGAUCAUAAUAAUACAAAUCAUACCAAUACAAAUCCAUCUAAUCCUACUACUUCCAAUCCUCAAAAUCAACAUUAUCAAUCUCCAACUUCAAAUUCUCCCAAUACUUCCAAUGCAUCAUCAUUUCACGCUAAACCACAAAUAUCAAAUUUAACCAAGAAUUUAUUAUCAGCUGCAUCAACAACAUCAUCUUCAACAACAUCGAUCGGUAUACCAAAUAGUAACAAUAACAAUAAUAACAAUCAAGCAUAUGAUCAAUCAUUUCCAAAUUCAUUCAAACCUUCAUCAUCAUCUUCCAAUAAGUUUAUACCGACUGAUGGUAAUAAUAAUACUGGUGAUUUUCAACCUUUCCAACAUAAUAAUUUAAGUAAUAAUAAUUUCCAACCAUAUAAUACACCUCAAAAUAAUUCAUUGAAUUAUAUCCCAUCAAGUCAUAAUACUCCAACUGUGGUAAGUUCAUCAUAUACUUCAAAUCAUUCUUAUACUCCUUCAAUCCCAAAUACCAAUAAUUUCAUAUCUCAAAAUAGUUUCCAACCAGGUCUGCAACAACUGCAACCUCCAAGUCAAAUACCUCAACAACAACAACAACAACAAGAACAACAAUUACCAAAGCAAGGUUCAAGUUAUAAACCGGGAACAGUCAUUCCUCAUUCAAUCCCAACCACCAAUAUUUCAAUGGAUUCUGCUAAUUCGGUUUCAAAUCAUAAUUCAUUUGUAUCAGCUUCUUCAUCAUUCAAUCCUCCAAGUUUUGAUCCAAACCAAGGUAAUAGUUAUUCAUCCCAUUCAGUUUCAAUCCCAUCUCAACAUCAAGUAUCACAACCAUCUCAACCUCUUCAACAACUGUUUCAUCAAUUCCAACAUCAACAACAAAGAGUACCUAAUUCUUUUCCUGUCAAUGGUGGAUUUGGAAAUUCGUUUCAACAACAACAACUGCAGCAACAACAACAAAAUCAAUUUAUUAAUAGACCUCAAGUUACUAAUAAACAAUUGUCGGGUAGUAAUACUUCUACUUUAAGUAAUACUCCAACUGGUAAUAAUGAUAUUUAUUCAAGUUCAUCAUCAUCAAAACAAACUCGUCAACAACAACAACAACAACAACAACCACAACAGGUUCAAAAUAAUGUAUAUAAUCCACCUGAACCUGAUCAUUAUAUGUCAUAUUCCGAAUUUUAUUCAACUUUAUUACAAGAAAGUACCCGUAAUGCUGAAAAUUCUGCUGCUGCUGGUGAAUCAAGUUCAUCUCCAUCAUCAAACCUCUAUGAAGAACAUUUGAAUAUAUCGGAAUAUCCCGUCAAUGAUUUAAUUGUGAUGUUAUCAUGUUUAUUAACCAAGAUCAUUGAAGCUAAUGAUAAAUUACAUCCUAAUCAUUUUAAUAAUACGAUUGCGAUUAGACAACGAUUAAAAGAAGAGAAGAAAUUGAAGAAGUUACAAAAAAUCGAACUUAGAAAACUACGUAAAAGAGCCAGAAGAUUACAACGUCAACAAUUGGAACAAGAAUCUCAUAAACGUGAUUUAGAAGAAGAAGAUGAUGAUGAUGGAUUACAUAAUCGAGUUGAUGUCGAUGUUAUUGUGGUUGAAGAUGAAGAUGAAGAAGAUAAUAUCGAAGUUGAUCAAGAUGGAACCAAUAAUAAUAAUCAUCACCAUCAUGGUCAUCAUCAUCAAGAACAUAAUACUAUUGAGGUGGAUAAUGAUGAUCCUAUUGAAGUUGAUAAUGAAGAAUUCGACGAUGAUGAAGAUUUAGAUGAUGAUGAUGACGAAGAUAUCGAUAUUGAUGGUGAUGAAGAUCUCGAUGAUGAUGAAGAAGAUGAAAUGAAGAAUAAAUAUUUAGCCAAUGUUCUUGCCUUUCAUGGUACAAAUGUUCCUGGAAUCUCAUUACAUGCUUAUUUAGCGAGAGUUUUGAAAUAUUGUCCAGUUACUAAUGAUGUAUUUCUUUCAUUAUUAGUUUAUUUUGAUAGAAUUGCUAAAAAGGCAAAUAAUUUAAAUCAUCAAAAGAAUAAAAAUGGUAUGAGUAAUACUUCAUCAACCAUUAAUAAUGAAAUGAAUCCAAGUUCAGUCACAAGUUCCGAAAACAGUAAUAACAAUAAUAAUGAUCUGAAUGGUUCAGGAGAGAUUGAACAAUUAUUUGUCAUGGAUUCUUAUAAUAUUCACAGAUUGAUUAUAUCAGGUAUAACCGUAUCAUCUAAAUUUUUCAGUGAUAUCUUUUAUAAGAAUUUAAGAUAUGCUAAAGUUGGUGGAUUACCAUUAGAAGAAUUAAAUUAUUUAGAAUUACAAUUUUUAUUAUUAUUGGAUUUUAAAUUGAUGAUUUCAGUGGAAGAUUUACAAAAUUAUGGUGAUUUAUUAUUAAGAUUCUGGAAAAGAGAACAAAUCGCUAAUGAAUUAGUAAAUAAUAAUUCAUCAACCGCCGCUGCUGCUACCACAUCGAACAAUAACUCAGAAGUUAAAAAAGAGACAUAA